AUGAUUGAGAAGAAGAACCAACCAGUUUUGUGGAAAGGAAAACAGAAUGAUAGUGAGUCAAGGCAGGUUAAGUCCCGAUUCAACCAUGAUCCUCAAAACUAUUCCCUUGAGACUGAGCAGAUUUAUAGAAGAACAAUGCGCAUAUAUGACGAUACUCCUGAAGAUGUGGCUGAUUUUAAUCCCUACAAGAAUAAUUUGUGGCCCCAGAGGUUGUAUGUAAAGAAAAGGUUUAUUCAAGCUGUACAUAAGGUCAUCAUCCAAAACCGAUACUCAAAAAGGCUGAAAAUUUUGAAGGACCUUGCUGAAAAAUGGAGGCAUGAAACGUUUAUACCAGAUUCCAUUGAUGAUUAUCAGCUCAGAGAAAAGUUUCAUGAAGAAAUAAAGAAGAAUUACAAUACCGUAUUUGAGGAUAUGUCUUCAAACAUCUGUUCACAGUCAUUUAUGCAUACUAAUCAACCUGGAGACAAAAUUAAGAUUUAUGACACAUUCUCUCAAGUUCCUCUCAGCGACACGGAAUUUAUUUCAAGAAAAACAGUUUCCUAUGAAGACUUGCUGGUACCUCAGUAUUACAAACUACAAGACUAUGAACCAUGCGAUAUACACGAAGCAGCUGUCUCCUACUUGUACCCAGAUCCCGAAAGGUACAUGCCCAUCACGGUAACUACACCUGUGGUCGUCAUCGAUUCCUCUUUCAAAUACAGAAAGAAAGCUAAAUCACCCAAGAAAAAACACCCGGAAACCCAUGAAAAAUCUGGCGCUACAAAGAGGUUAUCUCCACCAAAAAUGGACAGCAGUAUCACUGAUGAAACUUUAAUGAAAUUUAAGAUGCCAGACUUUUUGCUGCAUCAUUUGAAGAAUUCGACAGAGCACAUGUUUAUUUCCAACACAUUUGUAGGGAAUUAA